UUUUACUCCUACCCUGCAGCAAGUGACCUACUUUUUCUUCCUACAAGUACCCCUCAGCACCAAUUAUUUUUCGGCGAGUUUGACUGAGAGUUUGAGAAAAAGAAAAGAAAAAGCUUGUAUUUUGAGCCCCCGGACAAAUUUGGGGGGAAUACAAUUUUGGAGGUGCUCGUGGCUUCGAAUCUCCGCCAAUUCGCGCAUCUCGUCCAACAGAUUGCCGCAGGUACUUCCGAUAUCCAUUCCUCUCCUCCUCAGCUCCCGAUCGAGCUGCGCUUUGCGGCCUGCGGCGGCGUGUAGUGCCAGAUCGAGCCUUUUCGUGGGGAGGCGUGACCUGCUUCGGGAGCACAGCAGCACAUCCCACUCCCAAACCAACACCGCAGCCGCCGCCGAUCCUCCCUCCCCCAAGGGUAGCACAUCUCCACGCCCGCUUCUUGCGGCCGAGCUGCCGGCGGGCGGCGCGCUUCCUGCGGCUGAGCGGGCUGUGGCCUGCUGCUGCCGGGCGGCCCCGGAGAUUUUCCACUGCCCCGGCUGCCGGCGCCCCGGGAGGCGGCAAACUGAUCUUGCCACGGUAAUUCACACAGCUACUGGAUUGAUGCAAGUCUAUUGAGUUCUUGCACAGUGGUUGGUCUUGGGCUCUUCUGUUCCUGCUCAAGAGUCAAGACCAACCGACUGCUGGCCUGAAGUCGAAGAUGAAUGCAGACCCAAGUACCCAAGAUGCAAUGGAGGAGGAAGCCCUCAAAGCAAAGCAUGCAGCAGAGCGCAAGUUCCAUGCACGUAAUAUCAAGGGUGCUCGGAGGUCAGCGAUCAAGGCACAUAACUUGUGCCCAACACUUGAGGGCAUAUCCCAGAUGAUUUCGACGCUUGACGUUCACCUCGCGUCUGAGUCGAAGAUUGAUGGGGAGAGUGAUUGGUACAGGAUACUGUCUCUCACUACCUGGGCUGAUGAGGAGGAGGUGAAGAAACAGUACAGAAAGCUAGCUCUCCAGUUGCACCCAGACAAGAACAAGUCAGUUGGUGCAGAGGCUGCCUUCAAACUUAUCUCGGAGGCAUGGAGUGUGUUGUCUGACAAGAGCAGGAAGAUGUUGUAUGAUCAGAAGAGGAGAGAUCAUUCAGCAAUGAAUGGGACCAAUGGAUUGUAUGGUUACGAUAUGAAGGCCAAUAAGCGAGCACGGAAAAAUGCUGCAGCCGCUGCCUCAGUAGCAGUUGAGGCUACUACUCGUCCUGCAGGGGCUGACACAUUCUGGACAUCAUGCAACCGCUGUAGGAUGCAGUAUGAGUACUUGAGAAUUUAUCUGAACCACAACCUUCUGUGCCCAAACUGUCACCAUGCAUUCAUGGCUGUAGAAACUGGAUUUCCCUCCAAUGGAACCAGUUCAUCAUUCACCUGGACGACCAAGGCGCAGCAGCAAAAGAACCACACUACUGUUGAUCAUUCAUAUCAGUCAGCAAGCAGAACCUCAAGCAUUCCAGGCACAGGACAUGGAGCAUACCAACAGGAGAAUACUUAUGAGUCGUACAAUAGCCAAAGUUUCCAGUUCAAUCAGUACCCCAAGACAACAGGUGCUGCUGCUGCAAAUGGUUACAGUACACAAACCUUAGAGAAAUCGAAAAGAAAACAUGAGGAGAAUUACAUAUACAAUUACUUUUCAAGUGGCCAUGAGUAUCCAUCAGGGCGUGGACGGCAUUCAAAGAGGAGGCGGAAUAUUAAUAAUGGCUAUGCCUAUGCUUCUGUGGACUGUGAUGGGGAGACUGUGGCUGGUAUGACUGUGAUUGCUGAUGCAGGAAGGGUUAAUGGUACGUCAGGGGAAAAGUUUAGAUCUGCAGUAAGUGGAAGAAAAGCUAAUGUCUUGAGGGAGAUAUUCCAACUUGACACCCGAGCUCUUCUUCUCGAGAAAGCCAAGGCAGCAGUUCGUGAAAAAUUACAAGGCUUGAAUAUUUUGUCUUCUAGUCAGUUUGCAGAGAAAAGGAAAGCAGAUAGAAGAGAGAAGCAUGUCGACAACGAUAUAAAGGUUAAUGGCAUCUACCCUGACAAUCCAAUCAACAAAUGUAAGAAAUACAGCUCAAAAGAUGUGCAUGUCGAAAUUCCUGCAGCUGAUGAAUUGAAUCCGGAACAGAAGCGUGUACCUGUGUCCAUAGAUGUCCCUGACCCAGAUUUCCAUGAUUUCGACAAAGAUCGCACAGAAAGAGCUUUUGGCAAUGAUCAGGUGUGGGCUACAUACGAUAGUGAAGAUGGCAUGCCUCGCCUAUAUGCAAUGGUACAGAAAGUUAUAUCAACGAAACCUUUCAGGAUCCGAAUGAGUUUCCUCAAUUCUAAGUCCAACAGUGAACUGGCACCAAUAAACUGGAUCGCCUCAGGUUUCACAAAGACAUGUGGUGAUUUUAGGGUUGGAAGAUACAACAUUACUGAAACAGUCAACAUCUUUUCCCACAGAGUUAGCUGGAGUAAAGGUCCUCGGGGAAUUAUCAGGAUUAUUCCAAAGAAAGGUGAUACAUGGGCCGUGUACCAGAACUGGUCUUCUGAUUGGAAUGAGCUUACACCAGAUGAUGUGAUAUACAAAUAUGAGAUAGUAGAAGUGAUUGACGAUUUCACUGAGGAGCAAGGUGUGAAUGUCAUCCCGUUGCUGAAGGUAGCCGGUUUCAAAGCGGUGUUCCGCAGGAACACAGGCCCGGAUGUGGUCAGAAGAAUACCAAAGGAAGAGCUUUUCCGUUUCUCACAUCGUGUUCCCUCUCGUCUGCUCACUGGGGAAGAAAAAAAUAAUGCUCCAAAAGGUUGCCAUGAGUUGGACCCUGCCGCUACUCCAGUCCACCUUCUUGAGGUUAUUGCAGAUGUUAAGGAAGAUACUGCACAGGGAAGUUCAGAUUAGAGCUCAACUUCUCGGAACCUGCAACUACUAGCAUGCAUGGCUGAAGUCUCAGUGUGCACUUCACUGAACAUGACUUGUCAGCAUCAUUUAACUCACUUGCCAUAAUCUGUCAUCGAACUUCUGGCUGACGACGAGGACUAUAUCAAGGUCAAAUAUUUAAUGUUGCAGGCCUUUGACUGUUCCCACCUAAUUAGGCAUUUCUAACAUUUAAUUGUAUUGUAAUAUUGUCGCAUAGAGUAAACAAUUAUCGGGAUGCCACUUAUUGUGAUGAGGCCUGUUCUCAAAUGAUGGCAGGCCUCAUGACUUUGAGCGACGUAGGUGUCAAAUCAGGAUACUCCUGUAUGGAUAUGCUACUAGUCUAAGUAAGAGCGUAGUUUGAGGCUGAUGCCAGACUUUACUCUGUACCAGCACUCAUUUACUUAUUAUGUUGUAUUUUCCUUAAUCCACAGUAUUGUCCUUAUGAUUGGUGUAUUCAGUCAUUUUGAUUACUUUUCUGUGGUAAUAAUUACUUCCUCCCUUUUA